UGAAAGUUUGAGGUAUACUAAAUUACUAAGAAUGAUGCUUAAUCAUAUGGUGACUUUCCUCCUUCUUUGGGUGACCAUAGCACUUGCAGUCGGACCUUUGGCCGGAAUGAGCAAACUUUCCGAUAUCCAUGAGCAGAAGAUCGAGCGACGGUUGAAACAACUCAACAAACCUGCCGUUAAAUCUGUCCAUAGUCCAGAUGGAGAUAUAAUUGAUUGUGUAUGGAUCUAUCACCAACCAGCUUUUGAUCAUCCUUUACUCAAAAACCACAUCAUUCAGAUGAGGCCGAAAAGUGACUCGUUCAUUAGAGACAAGACUAGAGAUAACGACAAGACAUACGUUAUACAUCAAUUGUGGCGCACGAAAGGUGAAUGUCCUGAGGACACUAUUCCCAUGAGAAGAAGAACAAGAAAUGAUCUUUUAAGAUCAGAUUCCAUUAAAACUUAUGGAAGAAAGAGCAACGCAACUAUUUCUCCAACUAUUAAUCACCUCCGCCGUGAUCGUCGGAGGGAAGUUCAUGAGCAUGCGUGUGUGCAAGUCGAAUAUGGUGAAUACUAUGGCAGCAAAAGCCGUAUAAGUAUAUGGAAACCAAAUGUUGUAAAAAAUAGCGAGUUUAGUUUGGCUCAGACAUGGGUCGCCGGUGGAGAUUGGGGCACUGGUUUAAACACUCUUGAGUCUGGUUGGCAGAUCCUAUAUGAUUUGUACGGUGACAAUAAUCCAAGACUUUUCACCUAUUGGACGAGCGAUUCAUACGGAGAGAUGGGCUGCUACAACCUUGACUGUCCAGGCUUUGUUCAAGUGAGCAGAGAUAUUUCUCUUGGUGCAGCUUUCAACGCUAUCUCGACCUACAAUGGUGACCAAUAUGAUUUCCUUCUAACUAUUGAGAAGGAUCAAGAUAACGGACUUUGGUGGCUUAAAUUUGAGACACAUGUAGUCGGAUACUGGCCAAGCGUCAUAGUCCCAAAGCUAGCAAAAUCAGCACGCAAGAUAGUAUGGGGAGGUGAAAUUGCGCAUUAUGUUGAUAACAGAGUGGAGCACACGCAUACGCAAAUGGGGAGUGGCCAUUUCGCAGAAGCAGGGUUUAAGAAGGCGGCUUAUUUCAAAAACAUAGAGUACAUCGAUAAAUCUAAUUUUCCGAUCACACCCUUUCCGCAUAACCUCGAAGCUGGCGUCACUCGGCCUGAAUGCUAUAACCUCAAGGUUGGCUCUAGCCCAAGGUGGGGAACUUACAUUUUCUUUGGCGGACCUGGACAUAACCCUCGAUGCCUAUGAGAUAAUGUUAAAGACCUUGAGAAGUGACAUGAUAUUUUAACAUUUUCUUUUGAAGCUUGUUUGUGACAAAAUUUUCAGAAUUGAUUUCUGUGAUAUAAACUUAAAAGCGUUCUAAAGAUGAUGUGAGACUUAA